AUGUUUGUGAAGCCGACGCCUGCGUGCCUGCGCGCUGUUGAGGUCGCCAAGCGCGCGCUCGAGUCGCGUGGGCAUGAACUGGUUGAGAUUGAAGCACCGAACAUCCGCACCCUCGCCCUCCUCUACUACGCCAUUGUCUCUGGCGAUGGAGGUGACACCGUGCUGAAGGAGCUUGAGAACCAGGACGUUGACAAGCGCAUCCAGUCGCUGAUUCGCAUCGUGCGCGCGCCCCAGUUUGUCCAUUCCCUCGCACGCUUCCUCCCAACAAACAAAGUGACGGACGUGCUCAGCAUGACCGGGCGCAAGACGGUGUACGAGCUGUGGCAGCACCACCUCGCUGCCAAGGAAGAGCGCGCUGCGUUCCUGCGCCGCUGGGAGAGCGCCCGUCUCGACGCCCUCGUGUGCGUCUCCAGCGUCAUGCCUGCAGGCAGACAGGGCACCUGCAGUGAGCUGACGCCGACUGUGUGGCCAACAUUCAUCUUCAACCUGCUGAACAUGCCCGCUGGUGUCGUCCCCGUCACCCACGUGACCAUGGAUGACGACUCGAAGCUCAACCACUACCGCCGCCGCGACAUGCUUGACACCAAGAUCAUCAAGUCGUGCCUUGGCAGCGAAGGUCUUCCUGUGACGGCGCAGGUUGUUGCUCUCCCGUACCAGGGCGAGAAGUGUCUUCGCGUCAUGAAGGAGAUUGAGACUGUUGUUGGCGUCUCGGGCCCUGUUGAGCCCCCGUUCUAA